GGCAGGCUGGUAUCUCCGUCUCUUCAGUAGAAUGACGGACACUCGCUGUUACUUCCUCCUCCUUUUGCUUGUCCGUCUAUUUCAACGAAGGAGGAAAAAACGCAACAGGGAGAAGUGCAAGACAUGUGGGUUAAGCUUCUUCUACAGGCGAACAUCUAUCCGAUGCAAAUAGGCACAGCGCCUUCAGAACGCACGCACUGGGCGACUUUAGAAGGCACGCAACUGAAGCAAGUCACAAUCGCUGGACUUUGGGAAGGUGCGCACCGCUGGACUUCAGUCCUGAUCUUUUAAUGUGUGGAGAACAGCUCGAUAGCUUGGCUUUCUGCUCUUCAUGCGUGCAAUGCCCUCUCGUAGUCGGAGGGAAAGCGCGGCAGGGGGACAAAAGGAAGACGAAGCGACCGAGGAAGACGACAGGGACAGUACCGACAGUACAGACAGUCGGCGAAUGCGAGCAAUGGAGAUGACUGCCCGCAACCUGUGCUCCGAUUCAAACGCAGACGAGAAAAUUUGUGAUGGUCUGAUCAAACGCAACGGUGGCGACACAGAGAUCACCGUUCCGCUGUCCUAUGCCCUCAGCUGUAAGAGAAUUAGUCCUACCGAAGGCGACAAUCUGCACAGAUUAAGGGACAGAAAGUUUUUACUGGAGGAUAAAAGGCGCUUGUGUGCGUGGGCACUCGCCACAGCGCUGUUUGGAAUAACACUUAUGAUUCUCCAUAAUGAGCUGUGUCCUGUCAUAUAUCAAGCGGGAUCGGUGUACGCCCAGACCCUUAACAGCCUCGUCAGCAUCUCUACUGGCUGUCUGGUCAUCCUCAUCAUGGCCUUCCAUUACAAGGAUGUCAGGCUCUUUGUCAUCGACCACAAUCUGAUGGACUGGCGCAUUGCCAUGACCAAAAACCGCGUGCUGGGCAUCUCCCUGGAGCUGCUGGUCUGCGCCGUCCACCCUGUCGCCACCUACUGGUGGAGCCCAGAGGCGGAGGCCGACGGCCAGAGGACGCCCUCGCCGCCUCAGGAGGCGUCGGAGACGAACGCGUCGUCGCCGCUGUGCCUGUCGACGCGGCACAAGGCGCUGCGGGACGUGGAGAUCCUGAUGUCGGCCAUGAUGUUCCUGCGGCUGUACCUGGUGCACAGGACCAUCAUGCUGCACAGCAAGGUGCUGCUCAACGCCUCGUACCGCACCAUCGGCUCGCUCAACAAGAUCAACUUCUCCUUCCGCUUCCUGCUCAAGGUGCUCAUGAACAAGUACCCGGCGCGCACGCUGCUCCUCUUCAUCCUGCUCUUCUGGUUCCUGGCCUCCUGGACACUCACACUGUGUGAGAGGCAGAUGCAGAAGACGGCGGGGAAUAUGGAUACGGCCCUCUGGCUCACGGCCAUCACCUUCCUGACUGUGGGCUAUGGGGACGUGUCCCCGGUCACCAGCUGCGGCAAGGUGGUGUGCCUUUUCACAGGCCUCAUGGGUGUGGCCAGUACUGCCAUGAUGGUAGCUGUCAUGACGAGAAAGCUGGCUCUGAAUAAAGGAGAGAAGCAUGUCCACUACUUCAUGACGGACAUCCAGAUCACAAAGCGGGUGCGCCACGCCGCUGCCAACGUGCUGAGGGAAUGCUGGCUACUGCACCGCACCGACGUGACCAAGGGGAGCGGCAGGGAGCACAGGUACCGGCAGAGACGACUGCUGGAGGCCAUACGAGUUUUCCGACAACUGCGAGUCAAACAGAGGAAGUUGCGGGAUUAUGCCAGCGAGAUGGUUGACCUGGAGAAGAUGCAGAUGAUCAUGUAUGACCUGAGCGCCAACUGGAACAACUCCUACCACGAACUGGAGCUGCGCAUCCUGUCCAUGGAGCAGAAACUGGACGAGCUCAACCACAGCCUUCAGCAGACCUCCCAGCUGCUGACCCAAGUCAUGGGCAGACAGAGCCUAGAGCGCAGACACUCCCGCUUGUCUGCUCCCCACAGGUGACUCCUGUACCCACAUCCCACUGUAACAGCUGCUUGUGUGUGUGCCUAAGUCCCUCACGUCUUCCCCAAUAAGCCACUCCAUUUGGCGUCAUGGACUUUUUUUGCCCUUCAACUGUUCUGGACCUUAAUUGCUCGAGACUGUUUUGAAAAAUUCCUUACAUGUUUGUUAUAACAAAGUAUCUUAUACAGAGAGAAUAUUGAGUGUAUUUAUGUCUGUUAUUUAUGCAUUGCUGAGAAAUGUCACAUUCGCAAACAGUGCCAGGCCCUUGUGUGUCUAGGCAGCACCAUUGACAAAACGAACCAUUAACCUAGGUCAAGGUCAAACCUGUGGCUUAAAGGGCUCAUACUCAGUCGAGCGAUGCGCAGUUGCCUGGGGACAGGGGCAUUCCAUGAUGCGUUCCCAUGUUUCCUGGGGCAAUUCACAGCAGUAGUUUUCACACAGUAUUACCAGUUACGUAGAAGUCCCAUCCAGAAUGAACCCACUUUCGUCACUCCAAUGGUCAGCACGACGGAUAGAACAAAUAAGAUACCCAUCCCGAGUUCUGUCAGUUGCCAGAUACACUUAGGCGACUAAGUAAUUGCCAAGUACAGUAUAGUCAGAGACGCAUCUCAUUUGUAAAAUAUGCCUCUGCAUAAUUGAUGUUUCAGAGUGCAGGUUGGCGCCAUUUUUGCUACUGCCAAAUCACAGAUCGAUCAGAUGUAGUAGUAGUAACACUUGCAUCAGGGUUUAGACACCUGAUGCUCACUAGUGCACUUUGCUUUGUUUCAACAGUUGUUAAAUAGCAAGGCAGCAACAUAUAGUUUGUAUUUGUCUUCAGAAGUGACUGACAGACACCAGCCUCCUUGCUAGUUAGGUAAGGAUCCCACUGGUCAGUGAAUGCCUGUCUGUAGGCUACACAACAUGAUACUAAACUAAUGGAACUAACUAAGGAUGCUAGUGUAACGGAAAAGUACACUAACGCCUAGAAUGAGUGCAGAUAGAGACACAAGAGAUUCCCUUUACCGGAGUCACCAUCUAGUGGUCAACAUUGUGCAUUACAAUGAAAGUGUACCCAUGAGAAUGUCUUGUAAAUUAGAGGGAAGUUAACACUGACAUAAUCUGAAUUUAACUGAUCUCUGGCAUAAAUGGAAAGUAGAGGAAUGUCCAUGCCAGAUUACUCACCAAGAAGUGCUUAUGCACAUGUAUCCGGUCUGUAUCUCAUAAUUCUGAGCAAAUGUUUAACAUACCUUUGGUUGAAACGUGUGAUCACAUUUGCUAAUCAAAAGAUCUCAGAGACUGCACUGCAGUCACUUGAUCUCUUAUUGGAUUCUUUAAUAGUCCUAUUUUCAACUGGAACAUGAACUGGAUCUAUGCAAGUAUGUUGUCAGCUGUUGAUAAAUGACAAUGUGUGGCAAUGUAAUACUCAAACAUUAUUAUGCAUGUAGUUUUGAAAGAACAGCAGAAAAGUAUGGCUGGUUCUUGAAAACAUAAGUAUCUAAAAAGACGUUUACAGCAUUGUUUUUGCACAUGGUAUAGGCUACACAAUGUAAAUAUGUCCAAAUAUUAAAAAUACCUUGAUAAAAGGUUGGUUGUAGGACUUUUUGUUUGAUGUAACUGAUUCACAUUUAUGCCAUAUUAUCCCUUGCAAUCUUUUAACAGAUCUCACUUCAUAUGUAGAGCGACAAGAAGCAUUUUUGGACAUUUUGGUUCUUCAAAUACACUUCACAAUAGGCUGUUUUUCUGUAUAGAAAU